CUCUUACUUUUAAUCCUCGUUUCACUGCUCAUUCGUGUCUUUCUUCUAUCAAAGUUAAUUACCUUUUUUUUCUUUGAUUCUAGGUCUUUGCUCUGAUUAGAUCCGGUGAUGACAUGAAGACUUCUUGGAGAUUUCUCAAAAGUGUUUGCAUACUUUCCUUUCUCAUUGGCGCUUGUUCUGUCUACCAAAGCCUUUGUCUUGUCGAUGAUCAAGCAGACGCCAUUGUAACAUUGCAAGUAGAUGCUUCUAACAUGACAAGACGACCAAUUCCCGAAACUCUAUUCGGAAUCUUCUUUGAGGAAAUAAAUCAUGCUGGAGCAGGUGGACUAUGGGCUGAACUUGUUAGCAACAGAGGAUUUGAAACUGGUGGACAAACCAUUCCUUCAAAUAUCUGGCCUUGGUCCAUUAUUGGAGAUGAAUCAUCCAUAUAUGUCGCUACAGACCGUUCUUCGUGUUUUGAGCGUAACAAGAUUGCUCUUAAAAUGGAAGUGCUUUGUGACAGCAAUGGUAGUAGCAAUUCUUGUCCAUCAGGAGGAGUUGGGAUUUAUAACCCGGGUUAUUGGGGCAUGAACAUUGAAGAAGGGAAGAAAUACAAAGUGGUGUUCUAUGUGCGUUCGACCGGGGACAUCGAUGUGUCUGUAUCGUUUACAAGUUCGAAUGGAUCAUUGACUCUUGCGUCAGAAAAUAUUAUAGCUUUGGCUUCUGAUGUUUCAAAUUGGACUAAAAAAGAAUUGCUUUUAGAAGCAAAUGGAACAGAUAAUGGUGCAAGACUUCAAUUUACAACUACCAAAAAAGGUUCAAUUUGGUUUGAUCAAGUCUCAGCCAUGCCUAUGGAUACUUACAAGGGACAUGGUUUCAGAAAUGAUCUUUUCCAAAUGAUGGUCGGUCUAAAACCGCGUUUCAUCCGAUUCCCGGGUGGUUGUUUUGUGGAGGGUGAAUGGUUAGGCAAUGCAUUCCGCUGGAAAGAAACCGUGGGAGCUUGGGAAGAGAGACCUGGCCAUUAUGGCGAUGUUUGGAAGUACUGGACUGAUGAUGGCCUUGGCCACUUUGAAUUCUUUCAACUUGCAGAAGACAUUGGUGCAGCCCCAAUAUGGGUGUUUAACAAUGGGAUCAGUCACAAUGAUCAAGUUGAAACAGAAAAUGUCAAGCCUUUUGUUCAAGAAGCGAUUGACGGUAUAGAGUUUGCUCGCGGAGAUCCUAAUUCUACAUGGGGAUCGGUUCGAGCUGCAAUGGGACAUCCAGAGCCUUUUGAACUGAAAUAUGUUGCGGUCGGGAAUGAAGAUUGUAAUAAGACUUACUACAGAGGAAACUAUCUUGAGUUUUAUGAUGCUAUCAAAAAAGCUUAUCCAGACAUUAAAAUCAUCUCCAACUGCGAUGCAUCGUUUAAACCGCUCGAUCACCCUGCUGAUUACUUUGAUUACCACGUUUAUACUCUUGCAAAGGACUUGUUUUCCAGGUCCCAUGACUUUGACAAUACACCGCGCAACGGUCCAAAGGCUUUUGUUAGCGAAUACGCUGUUAACAAAACGGAUGCUAAUAAUGGAAACCUUUUGGCCGCUCUUGGGGAAGCAGCCUUCCUCCUUGGUUUGGAAAAGAACAGUGACAUUGUAGGAAUGGUUAGCUAUGCACCUCUCUUUGUCAACACAAACGAUAAAAGGUGGAUCCCUGAUGCAAUAGUUUUUAACUCGUCUCAUCUAUAUGGAACUCCUAGCUAUUGGGUCCAACAGUUCUUCACCGAGUCCAGCGGAGCAACUCUUCUCGAUUCUAAACUCAAGGGAAACUCUUCUUCUAUUGAAGCAUCUGCUAUCUCCUUCCAAGCCAAUGGCAAAGAUUACAUUCAGAUCAAGGCUGUAAACUUUGGAGAAGAAUCAGUAAAUCUAAAGGUAACGGUGACCGGAUUGAUCGCAAAUUUUUAUGGAUCCAAGAAGAAAGUACUUACAUCUGGCAAUGUGAUGGAUGAGAAUUCUUUCUCAACCCCAGAGAUGAUCGUGCCGCAGGAAAGCUUGCUGGAGAUGACUGAGGAGGAAGACCUUAUCAAGAUGGCUCCCUUCAUCGCCUUAUUCACCGGCCUUUGUGGCUUCAAGCAAAAAACUCGGCCAUUGGGAACGAUCGAGACGGAGAACCAGUCAUCUCCUAUGGAGACCACAGAAAGAGAACAAACAUGGAAUGACGUCCAGAACAAGGAAAGCGAUGACUUGCAGAACAAGGAAAGCGAUGAUCAAGAUACUAAUGCAUUUAACGACUAUGAUAGUGACACAAACUCUGAGCUUCCGUUGCCUCCCGCGAGAAAAGGAGCGUUACGUGGAACAUAUUCGUGUAACAACAUGGUGUUAAGAAGAUCUUUGUCUACUAAGAAGAAACUGAGCGCGAGCCUAACGAUCCAAAUGCCGAGAUCAUUGUCCAUGGUCCUUAAACGUGCCGUUGAGGAGGAUAAAUCUGUGAGGAAUAAGAAACUGAAGGCAGAGAAUUCGAUUCUGGUACGUCCAAUUAUACUUGGAGAGAGAUGUAGGGUUCUUGAUGCGGAAGAAGGAGAUGAAGAUCAUAGCCAAAGAAUGCCAAAGAACAGAAUAUAUCGUCCUAGAUCCAUGAGUUCGAUCUCGAUUUCGAGAACUAACUCGAACAUCGAUAUGAAUGCAAUUCCCGUAGAAGUAACAUCAUCAGAAGACUCAGUGAAAAAGAAGGAAAAUAAUUAUUAAACAAAAGAUCUAAUAUUAUGAUAUCUAAAAAGAAUCUGAAAUGAAUUAGCUUCAGGGUGUAUCCCAACUCCCAAGAUUAGGGGUUAAUUGUCAAAUCUCAUAAAUCAGAGUGACAUUA